CCUUCGGUGGUUACCUACGUUACGAAGAAACAACGGAAUCUGUUUACGUUGACGUUGUUUUCAAUAUGACAAAAUUUUGAGUACGGCUUUCUGCGUGUCGUGUGCUGUUAUCUGGGUCGUUUUUUUUGGGGGGACUUUCCAAAUUCGCCGCCAUGACGAAAACAGGGAUCUGGGAACCGAAGCUUUUGCCAAAUAUUUUGGACGCCAUCGCCAAGAUGAAGGAGAAAAACGGGUCCAGUCAGGAUCAAAUCCUGGAACGCGUGUGCGAUUCUGUAGGACAAAACAAAAGAAAAAUUCGCAACCUGGCGGUCCAGGUGAAACGGGCACUAGUGCACGGCAUCAGUUCCGGCUUGGUCAAGCAGAAACGUGGCAAAUACGUCCUCGGACUGGACGACAAGGACUACACGAUUUUCAAGAAAUUUUCGGCAGUUCGCACGCCACUGGAAGCUAAAAUGGCGCGGCGGGGUCGGGGCAAGAGCAGAGGCAGAAGACGUCGCCGCCGCAGGAGUCGAAGGGGCAGAAGAUCAACCAGAAGACGCGCUUUUGGUGACGUCGGCGAUCCCGACCUAGAAGACAACGAGGAAGAUGGGAGCGAGCCGGAGGACAGAACGCGCGGCAGGAGGCGGCGCAGGCGGCGCUCAAAGGGGCGCAGGCGACGCAGGAGGGGCCGCGGGAGAAGAAGGGGCGGACGCGGUCGCAGAGCGAGUGGAGGGGAUACCCACUUGGCCGAGCCCGCUGGCAAGAAAGUCGCGGAAAAUAACAACAGGUCGGACAAUAACAACAAGGAAUAUCAACAGAAUUCGAACGGUGAUAAGUCUCCGGAACGCUCUGGGGAGGACGGUGGGGAUUGUGAUAUUCCCGAUUGCGUUUGCAGGACUCACCCUGAAAGGGAGUCGGCUCCACCUCAACAUGGCGGCUAUUACAACUAGCAUAAUGAUUACGAACACCCGACAGUCACGUCCGCAUUGUUUUUGUUUUUUUGUCAAUCUUUGUUUUUUUUUUAUAUAUAUUUUUAC